GAGGAACUGCUCCGCGCUCAGUGUUUCCAACCAGGUGAGGAGAAAACGUCUCUGUGGCUGCAGCUGUGGUUUCACGUCUGGAGCAAUGCAAGUUAACCAAGAUGACUGCAAUCUACGUCCUGCUUGAUAAAUUCAGACUGGAGUCCUACUAUAAAAGAUUUUGUGACAUCGGUGUAAAAGAUGAGAGGGACUUCAUCGACAGUGUGACAGAGGAGGAUCUAGAACAAAUAGGCUUGAGUCAAGUGGAGAGGAAUCGCUUUGAAAAACUGAAGGACCAUGUGCAAAGGCUCAGAGCCAGGCCAGAUCCAGGCCAUGAACCAGGAUUCUUUAAGAAGAUGGAGGAAUUCAGUCUUCAAUACACAUACCCGCAGUGUCCUGAGCCAAGAUAUAUCAAAGACAUGGAUCCUGUACAGAACACAGUUGAAGAUUUAAUGCUAAGGAUUUGUCAUGUUGAACAUGUUGGCAACAGUAAAGGUGUUUGUCUGUACACGUUGGACGGAAUGCCCCUAACUAAUGACCCCUUCCUCAACACAUGGUCCUUAAACGACAGACAUAUCAAGAACAAAGAUUUACUCUAUGCAAUAUUUACACCCACUCAGAACCUACUAAGUAACAUUGUGAUUAAAAACAGAGAAGUUAGAGAUACUCCAGGAGAGAAUACUGUUCGAUGUCACAUAAUGCUCAAGGGAAACUUUGAUAUCUCUGUCAACUUGACAACAGACACAAUUAAUGAUUUGAAAAAGAAACUGUCAUUGGAAAGUGGAGUCCCAGAUCAUGCUCUUCAUUACCAAGGGAACCAUGGUGUUUGCGAGAUAUUGGAAGAUUGUGGCAUCUCUGAAGACAGAAGAUCAUCAGUUAACUUUUCAUUGUCUACGUGUCAUGACAAACCCAAAGACAAUAGCGCAUCGUUCAGUAAUGAUGUUGACCCGUCUGUGCCUCAAACCAAAAAAGGGCAGAGUGUGUUCCUCGCUUCACUGUAUUCUGUUAAAUCAGAAAAGUGUGGAGGGAAUUUCCUGAAGGUCGUUGCUUAUAUUCGCAAACUAACUGGCUGUAACCCUCUGGCACAAAGUUUGUACCAGCUGGUCUGCAAGAAUGAGAUUGUAACCAAAACUCAGAAGAUAGCAAUCUUUGAGGGACUGUAUGUGCUGUUUAGAGAACUUUUGCCAAGGCCUGGACAACGCACAGAGGAAAGACCAAUAGAGGACAUGGACGUCUUUGAGUAUUCAACACACUGUUGGGCAUAUCUCAUAGCGGCAUCAGAGAAUGAGUCCGAGGUGCGUGAAAAUUAUGCACCAAUCAAACUGACAUCUGAGGAAGGACUUCGUUUUUGUGAACCAGUCAAUGUACCUGGAACACCAGUUGUCUUUGAAAGAGCUCAUGUUCUUCAAAAGAUCAGAGAUGGAGAGAGAAUUCCAAACUGCUCUGAAGUAGACUUGCAGGAGAGCUCACUGAAGAGAGACAUUGCUCUGGAGAAGAUCUUGCUCAGCCUGCCUCCCUCCUUCAAAACAUACUUUCUCUGGAUAUCUCAUGCUGACAUUCCUGGAGGGAGCUUUCAGGUGAAUAUGAAGAAGACUUUUGCCCAUAUGACAGAGAAUAUGUCUAAGUUCCCCUUCCUACAAGUGACUCCUCCACUCCAACUCAAGGAAGCAGGCCAAUCUGGGCCAUUGCCUGUCCUUCUGAGUGAAGAUAAUCUCGGUAUUUGUCUGUGCAAAGAUAAAUUGCACCCACAAGUGAUUCAUGUCUGGGAUUUUCUCAUUGGCAAAGAACUCCAUCUGGAUUUGGAGGAACUGGCCGCCAGAACUGGUAAUCUUUCGGAUGACCAGUCAUUUAUUACUUGCAGAACUCCGAAAGAAGCAAUACUGGUGCUGAUGGAUACCAGUUCCUCCAUGAGGGAUGAAUGCUAUGAUGAACUGAAAAUUAGGAAAAUAGAUGCUGUGAAGGAGCUAUUUGACAGCUUUGCAACAAGGACCAUGGCCUAUGAUUUACAUCACGUGAUCGGCUUUGUGAGUUUCAGCUCAGUCGUGAAACUCAUCCAUACAUUCACAGAAACACUGGAAAUAUUCAAGGAACAUCUGCGUGACCUUAAAUUACGAAGGAACACUGUUCUGUACGAUGCCCUGCAAUAUGGAGUUAAUGAAAUGGAAGCAGUGAAGAAGAGGUUCCCUGAAUGUAGACUCCGCAUUAUUUGUCUCACAGAUGGAUAUGAUCAUGGAUCAACAGUAAAACCUGAAACCGUAGCAAUAAAUCUGAUCAAAUCCAACAUCAUUGUUGAUUGUAUCCUGCUUGGAAACGUUGGUAACAAAACACUUCACGGAAUCAGCAACGUCACAGGGGGUUGCUGUUUCAAUCCACAAACAAGCACAGAUGGCCUCAAACUUUUUGAAAGUGAGACUGUUCUUUCAUUGAAAAUGAGAAAACCCAAGAAGAAACUUGAUCCGUCGUCCAUCACGAGUGGGACUGUUUUAAGAAGCAUCUUCGCAAAGCACGGCUAUGAUGUCCUCCCCGAGACCUCUCUACCAAGCGAGUUCAACAGCACAGUGACUGCUGCAGAGAAUUCUUUGAAAAAGAAGAUCCAGGAAUCUAAGACAAGGCCCCUAAUGGAGAAGGACAAACGUAUACUAGAGGAGUUGAGAAGCCUUCAUUGUGACCCUCAUCCCUACUUCAGCAUCUUCCCAUCCGAGUCAGACUUCACGUUUUGGAAGAUUCUGCUGCAGGGUCCCCCUGACACGCCUUAUGAGAAUGGCACCUUUGAGCUGUACUGUCAGUUUGGUCCGGAUUAUCCCGUGAAACCUCCAACACUCCGCUUUGUGACAGUCAUGUACCACUGCAAUAUCAACAAUUCUGGAAGGAUAUGUCACAACAUAUUUGACCGCGGCUACAACGCCCACAUCCCCAUGAAGGAGAUCCUAGAGGCCGUUUAUGGACUGCUCAUCGCCCCUGAGGCUGAAGAUCCACUAGACAGCAUUUUGGCUGAGCUAUUCCAGUCAAGCAAGACGGAGUAUGACCGAAAAGCCAAGGACCAUACAACGAGAACCGCAGCCAAGUCCUUCAAUGACAUGGAGCAGGAAUUGGUUGGUCGGGUUCCUGUUCCGAGGUACAUACCCCUCCAUCUAACAUGUCCACUCACUGGGAGGAUUUUUGUGGAUCCUGUUAAAACAAAGUAUGCAACAGUCUACGAGCGAAAGGCCAUCGAGAAACAUCUUAAAACGAAAAUGUUUGAGCCAAAAAUUGGGGAAGACCAUCCGCUCAAGGCAAGUGAUCUCAAACCAGAUCGAGAUAUGAAGGAAAUGGUGAAGAAAUUCAGACUUCAACAACUUGAAUAACCAUGAUCUCUUUGGCUU